AAAUAGCUAUGAAGAAUCAAGAUUGUAAGAUAGUCCUAUAAAAGGGGAUAACAUAAAAGAACAAAGAUCAAGAAAUCUAAACAGAGCUCACUUCUCUAAGCAUAAGCAACAACUUAGGGUCCCACCAUUUUGAUCCAUCUUGAAGACGUGUCGGCUCUUUGUUUUGCAUGGCUUUUUCCACCGCUUUGCCACCUUCACUUUAAAUAACGCCUCAAAACUCAGAACACAAAACUCAGUACUUCCUCAUAGCUUAACCUCUCAAGCUCAGGUGACACAUUUUCACCUGUUUGACCAAUUCUUGUGUCUUCUUGAUCUUUUUUAGCCAUGGAAACUCGCAAAUUCUUGCUGUUAUUUACCAACUAUGUACUGUUUUUAGUCUUUGCACUAUUACAAACUGGUUUUGCUUCUCGGGUGACCCCUUUUGAAGCUGGUAUUAUGAUGCCUACUGAUGAACUUCAACCAGCAGCAGCUUCAGAUGAUGAUGAGGAUCGUCUCGGCACGAAAUGGGCUGUUCUUGUUGCUGGUUCUAUGGGAUAUGGAAACUACAGGCACCAGGCUGAUGUUUGCCACGCAUAUCAAUUGCUGAGAAAAGGUGGAUUAAAAGAAGAGAAUAUAAUUGUGUUCAUGUAUGAUGACAUAGCAAAUAAUGAGUUGAAUCCAAGGCCAGGAGUUAUCAUCAACCAUCCACAAGGAGUAGAUGUUUAUGCUGGUGUUCCUAAGGAUUAUACAGGGAAGCAUGUCACUGCCAAAAAUCUGUAUGCAGUACUACUUGGAGACAAACAUGCUGUCAAGGGUGGGAGCGGCAAAGUUGUUGAUAGUAAGCCUAAUGAUAGGAUUUUCUUGUACUAUUCUGAUCAUGGAGGCCCUGGAGUUCUAGGGAUGCCAAAUCUACCUUAUUUGUAUGCAAUGGAUUUUAUGCAGGUUUUAAAAAAGAAACAUGCAGCAAAGGGAUACAAGGAUAUGGUUAUAUAUAUAGAAGCUUGUGAAAGUGGGAGUGUUUUCGAAGGGAUCAUGCCAAAAGACCUAAACAUUUAUGUCACCACAGCAUCAAAUGCCCAAGAGAGUAGCUGGGGAACUUACUGUCCCGGAAUGGAUCCUCCUCCUCCACCAGAAUUCAUCACUUGUUUAGGAGAUUUGUAUAGUGUCGCUUGGAUGGAGGACAGUGAGACGCACAAUCUAAAGAGAGAAACAGUAAAACAGCAAUAUAGUGCGGUAAAGGCUAGGACAUCCAAUUACAAUACGUAUGCUUCUGGAUCUCAUGUGAUGCAAUAUGGAAACGCAAGCAUCAAAUCACAGAAGCUAUACAUGUUCCAAGGUUUCGACCCAGCGAGUGUGAACUUCCCUCCGAACAAUUCACUUCCUAAUGCACCUAUGGAGGUUGUCAACCAAAGAGAUGCAGAGCUGCUUUUUAUGUGGCAAAUGUAUAAGAGAUCAGAAAAUGGGUCAGAAAAGAAGAAACAAAUCCUCCAGAAGAUCAAAGAGACUGUUAAACACAGAAGUCAUUUAGAUAGUAGCAUGGAAUUGAUUGGAGAUUUACUGUUUGGACCCAAAAAUGGUUCUAAAAUCCUUAAAUCUAUUAGACAACCCGGCUCGCCCCUAGUCGAUGAUUGGAGUUGCUUAAAAUCAAUGGUUCGAGUAUUUGAAACACACUGCGGAUCAUUGACACAGUACGGGAUGAAACACAUGCGCGUAUUCGCCAAUGUCUGUAAUGCAGGAGUCUCUCGAGCCUCGAUGGAAGAUGCUAGUGCCGCUGCAUGUAGCGGCUAUGAUGCAGGACAAUAUUGGCCUAUUACAAAUGAAGGUUAUAGUGCUUAAUGGCAGAAUUUGUGGAAGCAACAUAAUCAGUAGUUAUUUUAGCCAAAAGAGUCUCCUAGAAAUUAUAUGGUCAGUCUGGGGUUGUAUAUAACAAAAAAAAUGAGGUUAAUUUUGAGUCCUAUGGUCUGUUCCUAAUAUUUGCAGUAUGAGAAAUAAAGCUAUAAUUAUACUA